UCCCUUUGAGAAGUUAGUUUGCAGAUAAUUUCGCUUAUUUUGAAAGUCCAUUGAAGAGUCUUUGAUUCGUGAAAGGCCGUAGAAGGUAUUGUUGACGGUAAAUUGGUAGGAAGAGCACAGCAGUCAUGAGUGGAGGUGUUUACGGCGGAGAUGAGGUCGGUGCCAUAGUCUUCGAUGUUGGCUCAUCGUCAGCUCGUGCUGGGUAUGCUGGAGAGGAUGUGCCAAAAGCUGAAAUUCCAACAUCAGUUGGCAUAUUGCAGAGUAGUACAUCUGGCACUAGUGCUGCUGCUACCACUGCUGGUGCUGCUAGCUCAGACUCUGGUGACCAGGCCAUGGACACAGGCGAUGAUAGCCGAGUCGGGAGCAAUCAAGCAGACAGUGCCAGUGAACGUCGUGUUGUCCUCGGUGUCAACAGCCUUCACUUUCCACGUCAGGGAAUGGAGAUGACCAGUCCACUCACCGACGGCUUGAUUGAGGAUUUUGACCUGUAUGAACAGAUUCUCGAUCACCUUUACAACAAACAUCUUCGAUCCAAGUCUGAACUACAUCCUGUACUCAUGUCAGAGGCACCGUGGAAUACACGUGCCAAGCGCGAGAAGAUCACUGAGAUCAUGUUUGAACGCUACAACAUUCCAGCAUUCUACUUGUGCAAGACUGCAGUGUUGACAGCGUUUGCUAAUGGUCGCUCAACAGCAUUGAUUGUUGACAGUGGUGCAUCACAGACCAGUGCUGUACCCGUACAUGAUGGAUACGUCUUGGAGAAAGGUGUUGUUCGUGUUCCUCUUGGCGGGGACUUCCUCUCAGCACAAGUCCGGAGUCUACUGGAAGAAAAGAUGAACCAAGAGAUAGUACCUCCGUAUCUUGUUGGCAGUCGAGAAAUGGUUGCUGAAGGAGCUGCUCCAAUUUGGACGAGGAAGAAAGUACCAGAAGUGACAAAGUCCUACCACAAUUACAUGGUUUCAGAAGUUGUACAUGAUUUCAAGUCCAGUGUUCUUCAAGUAUCUGACACUCCCUUCGAUGAGCAGGCCGCCAAUAUGUAUCCCACAGCGUCCUAUGAGUUCAGCAAUGGCUUUCACACCACGUUUGGUCCAGAGAGGUUUCAACUGUGUGAACCCUUCUUUGAUGCAUCGCAUUUGAACAAGGUACACGGUGGGAAUCUGCUGGCCUUACCACACGUCGUGUCUACCAGCGUGGGCUCGUGUGAUGUAGACAUUCGACCGGGUCUGUUCAGCAGUGUGGUAGUGACUGGAGGUAAUACAUUAGUACGUGGAUUCACGGAGAGACUCAAUCGAGAGUUGAUGCAGAAAACACCACCAAGCAUGAGGCUGAAGGUGAUUGCUAAUGCGCAGACAGUGGAGCGUCGCUUCAGUUCCUGGAUUGGUGGAUCCAUUCUUGCCUCACUUGGAACAUUCCAGCAGAUGUGGAUCAGCCGACAUGAAUACGACGAGCAGGGCAGCACAUGCGUGGACAGAAAGUGUCCAUAGGCAGUUACAACGCAACAAGUAGCAAGGGAGGAUGGAGGAAGCAAGGAGAAGCGAUGGAGAUACUACUAAUGAAGCAAGGCCGGUGACUGAACAGCAACUACGAUAAUAAUAACAACGAUGAAGCAAAGAAGAAAACUGAUAGCUAUAACUUGGACAUCAUACGAAACCAGCCAGCCAUGCUACACACACACGCACACGUCACAUGCACACACACACACACACACACAUCCAAACAAUAUUAGUAGUGUGUACAAAGAGGAAUAGGUAAAGAAAGCACAAAAUUGCUCAAAAAUGUAUCAAUCAAUGUACAUAGCACACAAAUACAUGAGAAUGCAUGUGUAGUGCAUGCAUGUCAGCCGUCUACUCGCUGUUUAUGUUUGCUGUUUUUGUUUUGUUUGGUUUUUGGUUGGCUGCCCUGUUGCUCACAACCUGUUGCUCACAACUUAUAACAUUUUCUAGGUUUGGGUUUCUAUGGACGCACAAUGCUGACAUAGAUCAGAAUUGCCAUGUUGCAAUGACUACCA